AUGGCCAAGAAGAAACAGCAACAGCAAAAGGGAAGCAACGCUCCAAAGGGAGUUCCACAUCGAGAUAAUUAUGCAAGAGUCUCAUAUCUCUAUCAAUUAAGUACACAACUUUCUUUACAACACAAUCAUCAACCCAUCUUGUCUCGAGCGAUGACUAGAAAUCUUGAUUUGGUUGGAAAGAAAGCAGUAUUAAAAUUAGGACCAAGUCUGAAGAGAAGUAUAUGUAAGAAAUGUAAUAGUUUAUUAAUCCCGGGGUUAACUAUGCAAAUUAGAUUGGAAAACUUGUCUAAGCUGAAAUCAUCUCAUAAUGAUGUUCUUAUUCAUAAAUGUUUAAAUUGUAAUGAAGUUAAACGUUUCCCAAUUGGUAAAGAUAGAGAGUAUAUAGUGUUUCCUGAUAGAGAUGGUGUAAGGAUAGAUAGUUAA